CGUCAAUUGCGAUAGCAAGAUCAUCUACGAUCUAAGCACAUUUCAACUUAGAACAAACACAAAAUGUUGAGACAAAUAAAACCCCGAAAUGCCCGCUCUAAACGAGCUCUUGAGAAGAAGGCUCCCAAGGUAGUCGAGAACCCGAAGACAGCUCUUUUCCUUCGCGGAACGACCUGCUCGCAAGUCGCGCAAGAUGCCUUAACAGAUCUCUACUCUCUGCGACAACCGCUCGCCAAGAAAUUCACCAAGAAGAAUGACAUCCAUCCGUUUGAGGAUCCCGCAUCCCUUGAAUUCUUCAGCGAGAAGAACGACACUUCGCUGCUCGUAUUCGGAAUAAGCUCCAAGAAGCGCCCGCACACGUUGACUUUCGCGCGCACCUUCGCAGGCAAGAUCCUCGAUAUGCUGGAGUUGCACUUAGACCCAGAGAGUUGUCGACGCGUCGCGCAAUUCAAGGGCCGCAAGUUCGCUGUCGGUCUCCGACCUAUGAUGCUGUUCUCGGGCACCGCAUUUGAGAGCCCGGUCGCCAACGAGUACACGAUGGCCAAGAGCAUGUUCAUUGACCUAUUCAAGGGCGAUGCGUCCAGUGACAAGAUCGACGUCGAGGGUCUGCAGUACAUCGUAUCCAUUUCGGCUGACGAGCCUGUGGGCGAUGCCGUAAAGCCAGCGAUCCACCUACGCAUUUACCUCAUCUCGACGAAGCGCAGCGGACAGCGAUUACCGAGAGUCGAGGUUGAGGAGAUGGGUCCGCGCAUGGACUUCCGAGUCGGUCGCAUGCAGGAGCCUGAAGAGGCGGUACUGAAGGAGGCCAUGAAGACGGGCAGGGUUGAGGAGAAGGUCAAGAAGAACGUAACGACAGAUACCAUCGGCGACAAGAUCGGCCGCAUCCACCUUGGCAGACAAGACCUCAGCGAGCUGCAGACGAGGAAGAUGAAGGGUCUCAAGCGAAGCAGGGAUCUGGAUGACGAGGAAGCGGAGGCGAUGGUUGUCGAUGAGGAUACCCCGAAGCGUUCCAAGAAGUAAAAACAUCAAGACGAUGAAAAAAUGCGCAUGGAAUGGCGUUCUUGGUGGUUUUUUUACUAUUUC